GUCCAGGAUUUCAUCGCCAUCUCGCCCGACUUCGCGGGCACCGCGCUCGCAGACGCAAACUGCCUCGCCAUGCCCUGCCCGCCGGCCGUCCUCCAGCAAGAAACGACCGCGGCCUUCAUCCGCACUCUCCGCGCCCACGGCGGCACCAGCGCCCUCGUCCCCACCACGACGGUCUACUCGGGCCUGCUGGACGAGGUCGUGCAGCCGCAGCAGGGGGCGGGCGCGUCGGCCAUACUCACCAGCGCCUCCAACAACGAGGUGCAGGCCGUGUGCGCGGGCCGCGGUCUCGGCGGCGGGUUCUACGGCCAUGCGGGCGUGCUGGCGCAUCCGGUGGCGUACGCGCUGGUGGUCGACGCGCUGGGGCACGAGGGGCCGGGGCGGGCGGAGCGGCUGGAUUUGGAUGCGCUGUGUAAGUGGGUUGCGGCCGAGGGGUUGGGGCUCGACGACGUGCUGGCUACGGCGGGGCUGAUUCCGCUGGCGGCCGCGCGGCAGUUGGUGUUUCCUGAUAAGAGGGUCGCUGAGCCGGAGGUUGUCGCGUAUGCG